GUGGAAAAAAAAACAUCAUCAACGCAACUCCGGCGUUUCCGUAGGCGUGCGCGGUCGGUGUGCACGUCGCCCAAAGGCGACCGUGCAGCUCGCGGCUACGGCGGACGGGCGGGGUGCGGCGUGACGAACGUAUAAAACGAAACGAUACGUGCGGCCGCGCCGGUAGAGUGUCGUGGUCGUGCGCUGGUUCCGACGAUCGUGCAGCCGGCGGUGAGGUAGAUAGCGCGCCCGCAACGGAGUAGCGAGUGAGAGGAGAGAGCGAGAGAGGGAGGGAGUGGGACGACCGACAAGCCGGUCUCUCCGCGUAUUCACCGUCUCGCCAGUCAGUCGAGAGUUGCGUCCGCGAACGUUACGCUGUUGCCCAAGUGCUUGUGGUGUGCUUGUACGUUUAUGUUCGCGCGCGGUGCCCUAGCGUUCCCGUCGCGGCCAUACAUCGUAUACGGUGGUGUGAAGCAACCGGAGUAGUAGAGUAGAACUGGUGAAGGCAUCGGCGACGACGACGACGACAUCAACAACAACCAAACGGCUAACUGCAACAACCGCAACGACAACAAAAACAUUGUUCCCCGUCCGUCUGACAAAAUCCGUCGUCGUAAACGUAUCGACGACCGCAUAAUACACACAUACGCACGUACGAUCGGACGACGAGGAGGAUCUGUGUAACAACGCUCCCUGUAUUGUCGAGUUAUUAACGAUAUCUUUUGAUAUCAUUCGAGAAGAGUACGCAGCACGUCGUCGCCGAGACGUUCGGGGUUUUUUUUUUUUUUUUCGUUUUUCGAUAUUUCCGUGUGGAUAUCGAGGAAAAACCCGCCAAUAAGUCUGCAUUAAAAUAGUAAAUAAUUUUUAUAGUCAAAUCGUACGAACGGAUAGAAGUGUAAUAUACCAUAUUUUAAUAUUACAAUACAUUCGUCGGCGGAUAUUUAAGUGCUGUGAUAUUGUUUUUUUUUUUUUUUUAAUUUAAUUAAAUAUUUAUUCGUUAUUAAAUUAUUACGCGAGACCAACGUCGUUAACAUAAAAUCGUUCACUCUUCCAUACGUACACAAACACACAAUCGCAUCGUAUUACUCAUUUGCAAAAGUAUUAUCUAUUGAUCUACUAGUGAACGUUAGUUAGAACAACGUCAACAUGGUCGAGAGUAUCAUCGAAGAAACCCCUGGGCAGACUGAGAGCACUCAGAAUGACCCCAUUGAAAAGAAGUCUGAAUCCCUAUCCCUGAGAAAAGAAGAAGCCCGUAUUAAGCGCAAGAAGAAGAAGAUUACCAAUAGUCUCGUGACAUCGUGUUUCCAAGAUGCAUAUAAAUUAACUGGUGAAGUGUUGGGUCAAGGUGCAUAUGCUUCUGUUCAGACGUGUGUAAGCGUGUUAACCGGCUUAGAAUUUGCUGUCAAAGUGAUUGAUAAAAUAGCGGAACAUGCUCGUGCACGUGUUUUCCGAGAAGUUGAAACAUUUUAUCAUUGCCAGGGUCACCCAAAUAUCAUUCAAAUGCUUGAAUUUUUUGAGGCUGAUGACAAAUUUUACAUGGUUUUUGAAAAGGUUGUGGGUGGACAACUGCUUGAUAGAAUUCAACAACGGAAGCGAUUUACUGAACGUGAAGCUAGUCUUAUUAUUAAAGAUUUAGCUAGUGCACUCAACUUUUUGCAUCAAAAAGGCAUUGCUCAUCGUGAUUUGAAACCAGAAAAUAUCCUAUGUGUAGAUCCUAUAGAAUUAACUCCUGUUAAGUUAUGUGAUUUUGAUCUUGGUUCUGGUAUCAAGUUAAAUCCUGUUGAUGGCAGUGCAACGCCACAACUAUUAACUCCUGUAGGAAGUGCUGAUUUUAUGGCUCCAGAAGUUGUGGAUGCAUUUGUUGGAAGUCCAGAUUCUAAUUACCAUUAUUAUGAUAAGCGUUGUGAUUUGUGGUCACUUGGAGUGGUGGCAUACAUACUUUUGUGUGGAUAUCCACCAUUUUAUGGGAACUGUGGCUCUAAUUGUGGAUGGGAAUCUGGAAAUGCUUGUCCGGAAUGUCAAGGUUUGCUUUUCAUUAGCAUUCACGAGGGCCGUUAUGAAUUUCCGGAUCGUGAAUGGGCAGAUAUUUCAGAUGAAGCCAAAGAUUUGAUCAGCAAAUUGCUUGUUAAAGAAGCUAGUGCUCGUCCAAGUGCUGCUGAGGUCUUAAAGCAUCCAUGGGUGAAUAGAUUACAACAAGAAAAACCAAAAGAACGUGAACUUAGUACACCAGUUGUGAUCAGACGCAACAACAGUGCACGUGCUCUUUCUACAUUUGCUGAGUCUGCUAUGUCAGCUAAUCGAGUAUUUCUGCAGCAUUUCAGUUUGUUUUCAUCAACCGAUGUACCUCUUGCAGCUGCCAAGAGACUUUCGCCACCAUCUCAUUCCAUGAUUGUACAGCGUAGGUCACUUGGUAAACCACAAUGUUCUAAUGAAACAACUGGUAAUCGAGCUCCCGCGCAAUUACCGAUCAUUGCUUCUCCUAGCGGCUAAGGUUGAAUGGCUUACCAUCAUUACCUCCAUUUUUUUAUACUGAUUCAAUUUGUUAGCAAACAAACAAUGAAAAAUUAUAUAUACAAUAUUUAAAUUGACAAUUUUUUUUUUUUUUAACUUAAUAGUCUUGUAUGUUUUUUUUUCUAUUAAGACUCCAAAUUAUGCAAUAAGUAUUAUAAGAUAAUAACUUUUUAGUUAUAUUAUAAUAUGAUACUACAGACUUAUU